AUGCGUCGUUUUGACAGCUUUAUUCGGCAUUUCUGCUGCCAUCAUGGGAUUUGAUAGUGUACAGAAGGAUUUGUAUAUGGACACCUUCCGUUGCUUGAAAGACAAUGGUUACAUGUUCUUUAUUGGUAGAAUAUGGAUGAGCUUGGGAAAAUUCGACUGGAACGGCUUGCAGAACAUAAGGAAUGCUUAUGAAGCUGGCUUUUACGUGAGCGUUUACAUUUAUCCUUGCCUGAAUUUUCCAAAAUGCGCGCCUGUGCAAGAUCAGGUUGAAAAGACAAUAAAUCUUCUGAAUGACAAAGGUGCCAGUUAUGGAAUGGUCUUUUUGGACAUACAAAAGUUUGAUUGGCCGAGUGACUUUGAUUGGCCAAGUGACAAGGAAGAAAAUCGUAAGACUAUUGAUGCAAUGGGUCAGAAACUAGAGGAGAUGAACGUGGAAUGGGGGAUCUACACAAACAAAUAUAACUGGGAUGCUAUCGUUGGAAACUGGGAUAAGUGGAAACAUAAAAAACUGUGGUGGCCCUAUUGGGGAUAUCACAAUGAUGGGAUAAAGUACAACUUCACACCAUUUGGUGGAUGGACAGAUUUUUACAUGCAACAGUACGCUGGCGAUCUCGACGGACCAUGCGGAGUUGAGCUUGAUCUUGACUAUUACGCAUAA